CUGCCAGCGACAACAAACGGGACGAGAGAGCAGCCGAUUCACGGGGAAUAAUGUCUGAAUGACAAAAUCAGCAGCGAAGCCAGGAUUGCCUCCGCGACAUCAGCGUCAUGCAACCAGUCCUGUAUUGAGCCUCUCCCAGGUGGGUUAGCAUGGCCCAGUGAUGAACGGAGCGGUGGUGCCCGGUAGUCCGGAGCUCUCCUCCUCGUGCCCACUGCCUGACUGGCGAGAGUUCUGUGAGCUCCACGCUCGCGCCUCCGCUGCCGACUUCGCCCACAAGUUCCAACGCUUCCUGUCCGAGAACCCGUGCUACGACUCGCCCGGCGCUGAUGCCAGCUUCUCUCAGCACUUCACCCAGCACUUCCUGGAGUGUUUCUCAGCAGCGCUGACCCAGGCCCGGGAGAACCCAGCAUCCUCGCCGGGGGAGGACGGCUCCAACGCACCACCCAAGUACAGCAUCGUUCCUUUCCUGGGCAUCCAGGGCUGCCCGCUGUCCUACGGUCACGACCUCUAUCAGAGACGCAAGGACGCCGGGGCCUCAAGCGAAUCCCUGGACAGUAUGGACAGCGGAGGAGGAGGGAUAGAGGGAGGAGGCAGCGGCACCACCUCCUCUCGAGGCCCCCAGCCAGCCCACAAGGUGUCUGCUCUGGGCCAGUCCCGCAGCUCGGAGGAUGUGUCGGUAAGUCACCCCAAGGCUCGCUUCAAGAAGGGCUUCUCCCUGAGGAACAUGAGCCUGUGCGUGGUGGACGGGGUGAAGGAGAUCUGGCACCGGCGGGCCUCCCCCGAGCCCGACGCUCCCACCGGAGCCAGGAAGACGAACGGGGCAGGAGGAGGAGGAGGAGGAGGAGGGGAGGCAGGCGGAGAGAAGUGGUCCCAGAAGCUGCGCCUCCCCAGGGGCUCACAGGGCCACAAAGCGGAGCUGCUGGAAAUCCAGAGGGAAGGGGCGCUGAGGUACAUGGUGGCUGAUGACACAAACUGUAUGGGUGCCGCGCAGUGGCAGAAGUGCCGUCUGCUGCUCAGGAAGACAAAGAGGGAGGAGGGAGGGGAGAGGUUCCUGCUGGAGUUCUACGUACCACCCAAGUCAUCAAAGCCCAAGGUGAGCAUCCCCUUGUCGGCCAUCGUGGAGGUGAGGACCACCAUGCCGCUGGAGAUGCCCGACAAAGACAACACCUUUGUUCUCAAGGUGGAGAACGGGGGCGAGUACAUCCUUGAAACCAUCGACUCGCUGCAGAAAAACUCCUGGGUCGCUGACAUCCAGGACUGCAUAGACCCUGGUGACAGCGGCGAUGACAUCGAGCUGGCGUCAUGUCCUCAUGGUCAGUCCUCCAAAGAUUGCUCCAUGGUGGCCUCAUGCAGCUGUGAGCUGCUGUCUGAGGGUGUGUACCGUGCCCCAGAGAGGUCCUGCCCGACAGCAGCAGAGCACUACAGCGCCCCCUCAGUCCGAUGCAGGGAACCCCCCUUCACCCAGCACCCAUCGCACAUGCCUUUAGAGCGCUUCCUCCAGUCCCCAGAGGCCCAGGGCUCCAACCCGGCUCCAGGCGGUGAAGGAGUGAAGGAUUCGGACGGCGAUGCCAGCCUGGCAGGAUACCCGUGGUUUCACGGCACUCUGUCCCGUGUGCGCGCGGCUCAGCUGGUGCUCGCAGGCGGCGCCAGAAGCCACGGGCUGUUUGUGAUUCGCCAAAGCGAGACGAGGCCGGGCGAGUACGUCCUCACCUUCAACUUCCAGGGCAAGGCCAAGCAUUUGCGUCUGUCGGUGAAUGAGAACGGCCAGUGCCACGUGCACCACUUGUGGUUCCACACCGUGUCGGACAUGCUGAGACAUUUCCACGCCCACCCCAUCCCCCUCGAGUCAGGAGGCUCCGCUGACAUCACAUUGCGCUCCUACGUGCAAGUGCAGCGAUGUGCCACCACAGCGCUCCCUCGAUCCAUUACAGAUGUGACCGUGCCUCCAGUCCUCACCCCACCCAGGGACGCAGGCUGCCGGACGGACUCAGCCCAGCCAGCUCUCCACCUCCCUGGGAUCUCGCCGCCUGCAGGGCCCCCUCCUGAUGCCCCUCUCUCCUCCAGCACCUCCUCCUCACCCACUGCCCUUCCUUCCCUCUCCCGCAGUGACCCAGGCACCGGAGGAGCGGGAGGAGGGCUCCAGAGCCGCAGCAACAGCUCUGAGCGCCUGCUAGAGGCCUCUAGUGGUGCAUCUGAGGACUACCACGACACAGACGGGACUCGCAGGGCCCGGGCUGUGGAGAAUCAGUACUCUUUCUACUGAAAGGCCCAAUUAAAGGGCCUGGCCAGGGACCCAGUCAGGGGUUCUGAUUGGUUGAGAGGCAGAAAGUUAGGGAUUUGUGCUUAGACGUGACAUGGGAGGCUCCGCUGCUGAUGCAAAUGAUCCACAUUACUGGGUCACCCGUUGUUUUGAUUGUUUGUUCGUUUUUCUUCUGAGGCAGUUGCUUGUUUUCUCCGCUGUGAGAAGAAGCAGGCGAGCUCACACUAAAUCGAUCUCAGCUCCUCGGCGGUGUGUCCACUCUGGUAAUCCCAAAGCCUCUGUGGCCACGGUCAACCUCAGCUUCCGAGGAUGGGAGGAAAUGGGCGACAUAAUCCGCCUCGUGAGCGAACGGAGGGCUGCGGGGGCAAGGGAGAGGGCGAGAUGAGGUGGGAGACGAGGGAUAGAUGAAGUUGCAAUGCGGUGGGAGACAGAUGUAGGCGGAGAGUGUGAGAGGAAGUCAUCCAGUUGAGUCAUAUGGCUUUGAUUCACCUCAUCAGACCACUUCCUGUUCACCCCUACCCACAAUUCCCUGGGAGCAGAGCCUGGGUCACCGCCCCGCUGAAGGAUCAAGAGUUGAAAUGACCCUGAAGAAACAGUCCCUCCCCUCAGAGCUCUUCUGAAACCCCGAGAGCAUCCCCUUAAUGUUUGUUAAGCUGCUUUGAGUCUGGCCCGGAUAUCCUCACUGUCCCUGCGGGGUUUUCCUACAAAGUCCUGCUCAACACUAACAUCAGCGAAGCAAUCAUGGGUGUGUUAGUGUUAGCUUGGAGAUAUUUUUCUUAAAGUGUACAGCCUAAAGGUCUCAGUGCCUGACAAUUACCUUGGACUUGAACGGACUGUUUGUCCACAGCGGCAGGAAAACUACUGUCCACGACGACGAUGAUGAUGAUGAUGAUGAUGGGGAGGAGGGCGAGCAAGACGCCGACAUCUGGCAUAAUCAUAACAGUCCAAAAAAAAAAAAUAAUCAAAAGCAGGUGAUUAAUUUAUUGUCAGUUUCUGCUUGAUACAUACUGAACAUGCAUAUGUCUGCAUAUUCAAAAUGUUUUGUUCACAGUUUUUGUUCGUGGGAACAAAUUAAACAGAAGGCGGUCAUGUCGUGUGGGGAAAAAAAAAAAACUGAUAAGGAAGAUACACAAGUUGAAGCUCUGUCAGUGUGGCAGGUCGGUUCCCAUUCCUCUGUCAUACUGGAUUAUCUCUAUGGGUGUGUGGUGGUGUGUAAGAACCCAGAUAUUUUUCAAUGAUCGGUGUGCUACAGUAGUGUUUCCACAACCUGGUUAUCGAGGUCCCUCCGUCUGGUGCUGGUUCUGUAUUAAAGUUCAUCAUAUCAAUAACCUGUAGAAUAGAUAACCUGCUCAUAUAGAAGUCCACUUUGAAGCAAUGCCUUGAUGAUAUUAAUAUACCAAAUCCAGCAUUUAUCGGAGGGACUUGGGACUGAAAUGGAGACUUGUUUGGUGUGUUUUUUUUUUUUGUUUUUUUUUAGAAGGGUGGCAGUAUUUGGGUGGCGUGCUGUUUGUGUGGCCUGCAGGUGAACCCGUGGCUGCUGACUGAAACGGUACGGGCAGAAACAUCAGUGGUACUAGAUGGCCGUGCUUGAAAGGAACGAUGGCGGCGCUGAUUUCCUUUGCCGAGUAUUGAGUUGUUUAUUUACUAUCCUAGAAAAGUGAAAGACCCAUUGCCACACUGCUAUAAAAUACUUAUUUUAUUGUAUGAAUAGAGGCUUUGAUCUAGGACCUUCAUCUGUGGAAAAAUAAAAUGUCUUUUCUUAAAAUGUCUCGUACACAAAUGUUACACUUAAGUUAAAACAGACCAUAAUGAAUACUCCCACUGAGAUUACACAGAAGGCAAGCAGGUCUAUAAUUUUCAAGCAAAUAUGGAAACAGUUCAAUUGGAAUAAACAUAUCAAGAAGCUGUCUGUCUUUCCAAGCACGGCCAUUUAAACUCCAAGGUAAAAACUGAAUUUUCGGUCCAGCAGGAUUAACGGAGCAGUGGAGAAGCAGUUCAUGUGCCAAUUUGAAUCCUAUUUUUGAAUCGUAUUUAUUCCUCAGCCGUUGUGAAUCACAUUUUCCUAUCAAGUCCUAUUUAUGUACAACUGAUUGAUUUUUAUUUUUUUUUCUUGAUGAAACAUCCUCAGUGGAACCUGUCUGUCACAAGAGCCCACCUCACAUAUCACAGAUUACCCAUGUUUCCUUUUAUUUUCUUACCAGUUCUUUUAAAAGCUGAGUUUCUGUUGUCUGGCUGAGUUUUGAAGAGUCUGUGCAAUUUUGUACAAAGUGAUGUACUUGACAUACUACUUUAUAUUUCUGUGAAUAAAAUGUGAACAAAUGAUU